AUGGCCAACCGAUCCCUCUCGUGCCCCAAGCCCGUGUUCAAGGGCCUCGUCAUAGCCGCAGCCGACUCCUUACCGAGAGGCUUCACCCUCCCACAGCUUAGGUCAUGGACCGAAGCGAGGAGGGGCCGCUUCACCGAGGACUUUGGCCCAGACGUCACCCACCUCCUCUGCACCCGGGAGCAAUUCGACACUUGCGUCCCGCGAGUCAAGGAAGGACUGGUGCGCAAGAAACUGCACAUUGUCGAUUUUGACUGGUACGAGCUUUCCGCGACGGGGCUAAAGGAGCGGCGAGAGCCCGAGUCGAGCUACGAGUUUCGAAAGGCGUUGAAGAAGCAAGCGCGCGCGAGGAGACUGGCCGCGCACAACUUUGUCGACCCGAUACAAGGUCGUGUUGACCCGUCACGGGAACCGCGAGGAUCCACGUCAGGUGGAAAGCUGUUUGAAUCCCACGCAAAACCGCAUCUAUACUGGUUUGCCGCAAAGCUGCUCCGGCACCGAGGCGACACCCAGCCGCUGUACUACCGUCCCAGCAGCUUUGCGACGAAAUGGCGCUCCCAGAUGAGCGAGUUCAUGGCCUUUUUCCACCUCAAAACGGGCAUCAUGUGGGAAGAAAGGGUGGUUAGGUUCAAUACGACGCCGCCUUCCCUCUUCCACUACGUCCCUCCGGAUGGCGGAAAGCCUGUUGGGAGACGAACGCUCUUCUCCAACUACUACUGCAGAGAGCUGAAUGCCGCGCUGAGAGGAUUGACGGCAACAUGGGGGCGGGACGGCCAUGGCUCGGGCUCAAACGACCCAGAGGCCGAUUCCUCGGGCAGCUCUGCCAAGGACGAGCAGGAAUGCGUCGGCAUCGCGGAGCAGGAUGGCGUCGUGUCUGGCGUCGUGUCUGGCGUCGUGUCUGGCGACGCCGCUGGUGCUGGCAACAAGAGCGACAACGCACACGGCGUAGCUCACCUGCCGAAAUAA